ACAUUGUGCGGCUUGGGUCCGCGCUUACUGCGAUAAGUGCUCUCUGAUACCCCGGAGCAAUUACCCAAGUGAUAUGUGAACCUACACUCCGCACAGGAAUGAACAUGAGCAUAGUAAGCUUAUGAGGAAGCUGUGUGACAGAACAUUGAGGAUGGCCAGUGGUUGAAGCAUGGGAGAUGUGCAAGAAGUGCAUUUCAGCACCAACACAGGCAGCAUGACUCUUAACGGAACCGAUGGCACUGCGUGUAGCAGCGUCUGCCGCGACUUCCUUCGCAAGGUCUGUCACCGCGGUGCGCGCUGCAAGUUCGUUCACCCCGAAACCGAAGACAGCGACGACGUCGGCUCCCCUCGCCACACCGAGCCCAUCUUCUGCCACGACUUCCAGAACUCCGAGUGUCUGCGUCCUUCCUGCAAGUUUCUGCACUGUACCAGACAGGAGGAAGAAGCAUACCGUGCGACGGGGAGGCUUCCCUUGCACGUCGCACUGCCUCCGGCAAUGACGAACUCCACCUCUUCGAGCGCCUCGUCCAACGAACUUCCGCUAUGCAAGGACUUCCUGAAAGGCGACUGCCGGCGCGCGGGACGCUGCAAGUUCCGCCACGUGGGCUACGUGGACGACGAACCCGAACCGAAGCGGAGGGCGCUGGACGACAACGACCUGGCCUACCGCGUGCUGCAGCAGGAAAACGCGAUUCUCAGGAGGAAGAUCGAGGAGAUGAAGAAGCAAGUCGGCGACCUCACCGCGACAAACGAGUUCCUUCUGGAACAGAAUGCGGCUCUGAGGCUCAGCAAGCAGGCCGCUGCGACGACUCAGCCACUGGGGGUGAUCCCGACGGCUGCCCUGCAACCCGUGGCGCCGCUGGCAAGCACAGCAGACUUGACACCGGCACCCCAGAGCGUGACGCCGAUCGUUCCCGUGGUGCCGGUAUCGAUAUCGUCCAGCCUGCCAGCGUCGCUAUCGCAGAGUCUCGCGCAGACAAUCAUUACAAUGAGCAGUCCGUCUGCACCGUUGGUCUCCUACCCCGUGAUGACACAGAGCCUACGGCCGGUGAUCGCGCCGCGGAUGGGGCAUUGAGGCGGAAGUGUGUUGCAGCAAAGUCUGCAUGUACCCCAUUAAAGGACAUUGAAUGGUGCAUCAUUUGUGGAGUGACAACCAGUACAACUUCAAGGAACAAGCACUUCAAUUUUGAAUGUUUAUCAGAAUGCAGUGAUGACUUCACCUUGCUAUCAACAUUACGAGUGCUGUGUCGUGAAGUUCAUCCCGGGACUUAUAGCACCUUUGAGAACAAUGGUUAUACAUGGUGUGCUGGUGUUUCCUUUUGACUGUCUCAUCAGUGGCUUAAGCUGCCUUUGUAUAACCAAGUCAGGUGAUGGCAUUGGAAUUGCAGUCCUUGUCAGCUUUGGAGGUGUGUGGGUCAGGCAUCAGAGCUCAGUUCCAAAGUUUUAACUUAAAAAGCUUUGUUUGCAGCAGAAUAUACAUUUCGUUUUUACUUUGUUCAUGAAACGUGUUGCCCAAAGAAAACAGAGCUAUUGCAAGUUGGCUCAUCCCCCAGCAUCAUGGUUUUUAGGUUAAAUGUAAAUGAAAGAGCACAUGUCGUUCCGAAAUAAAAGAAGGCGACAAUAUUUUAAUAAUUUUGAAGUGACGGACGGCAAAUGGUUGAAAAGGUGAAAAAGGUGUUUGUCAUGGUCAAAGGUGGUGUAGUAACAUUAUUGUCUGAAGAGAUUGCGAGAAGUUUCCCAGAGAAGGCUUUCUGCGGUUGUAUUCGAAAAGCACAUUUCUAACAAAUAUUGUGAGUUAACAUCUCCAGUUUAUGGAACCGAAAACGGUAUUUGACGUUGUCCUACCAUGCGUUUACUUCCCUUCUCAGUACGUGCCAAGUACUCACUUGUGACACAAGCGUAGUUGAGUUGAAGAGCUCACUUUUCUAAAUAUUUAUGUAGCUUUUAUGUUGUGAAACUCCCUUCAGUGAACUGUUUUCUAUUUGCAGUUAAGUUCACAGAUUGGAAUCGGCUUCCGCGAACGAGUCUCAGACUGAAUUCCGCGCAAGUACCUUGCACACGAAGACAUUCUUCGCCCCUCCCAACUAUGUUUUGUGUUGUAGUGUUCCUUUGUACGAUUAAAAGUUUGGUUGUUAUGCUCAGAGCAUCAGAUCCUAGAGCUAAAAUAUUGUAGAAAACAGUUUUAAUUGAAGGCAGACUCGCAAGUGUUUUCGAGUUUUCUACCCUCUCCUUUUUAACUUUUCUCGCUUUCCCUUGCACUGCCGCUCACUGCAGCUGCCUGCAUAUCUUCCUUCUGCUGUCAGGUCACAGAGUCUGAGAGUGAAAAUUGGUCAAUUGAAAGUGGUCACUUUACUUAGGUACUUACUUGAUAAGUUUACUUAGGUAAAGUGACCACUUGGUGGUGGUCACUUGGUGGUAAAGUGGUUACUUUACUUAGUAGGUAGUAGGUGGUAGGUCUGAUCACAAAGAGCAGAACAUUUGGGACUGGACCACAUUUUGUCUUAUGCGUCCAAAAAUGAGGUGUCCCAGUCGAUGUGUCAAAAGGACACAGUGGAAGCAGUUUUUGGUUGAACAAUUAGGGGCAAUGGCAGCUUGGUGCAUGACACAUUUUUUUUUACAAAUGUAACCGGGAAGACCUUUCGCCGCAAAGUACUUUCCCAGACUUACUUUCUGUUUGUGCGGCGGAACACCUCGUAGCUGUGAUCUGUGCGAGUUGACGCUCGGAAAGUGGCACUGAUGGAUGUUAUAACAAGCAUGGGUGGUACAUUUACAAGGUGUUUGAAUUUUCUGAUAUGUCUGCUUUAUUUCCUCUUGUGUCAUGCAGCUCCGAAAUAAAGGUGGCUGUUUAAAACGGA